UAGUGAGUGUGCUCCGUGUUCUCUUGAUCUAAUAGUGUUUAGAUUUUGUACAUUUUCAUUGGUAAUUUUCACCACAAACAGGGAACGAUGAGCGAGAGUGGUACUGGUACUGGUACUGCUAGUGCUACUGCUAGUGCUAGUAGUAGUAGUAGUAAUCGUAAAACUACGAACGUGACAAACGUUCUGGAAUUCAUGAUGCUAGUGGGUCAACUAAAGAGAGUGAAGCGGGCCGGAUGGAUUAUCAAGGAGGUUCGGGAUGUGGAGAGCGUGGCUGACCACAUGUAUAGGAUGGCCAUCAUGUCUAUGCUACUUGACUGCAGGCAUCACCUAGACAAAUCCAAAUGUAUCAAGCUGUCGCUGGUUCAUGACUUGGCCGAAGCCAUUGUUGGUGAUCUGACACCACAUGAUAAUGUGGAGAAGGCGGAAAAGCAUCUACAAGAAAUGCGAGCGAUGCAGCAUGCUUGCAGCUUACUCGACAAAGAACCGAGUGAAGAAAUCUAUAGUUUAUGGGAGGAAUAUGAGGCACAGGAAACGCCCGAGGCGAGGGUCGUGAAGGAUCUGGAUAGGUUCGACAUGGUCCUGCAGGCGUACGAGUACGAGCGGUUAGAGGAUCGGCCCGGAGAGCUCCAGGAUUUCUACCGGUCGACACAGGGGUCUUUCAAGCAUCCGGACGUCAUCGCGUGGAUGUCCGAGCUGCAUAGGCUCCGGGGAGAGUUCCCAGCGGCGGAAAAGAGCGGUGACUGACGGGGGGUGUCCUUUCACAACAGCUCAUCCUCAUCUUCUCAUGCUUUCUUCAAGUUCCUGAUGUGCAUCUGUCCCCAGCGGGUCAGGAGGUGCAUUCCCAGGGGAGUCCUAAUUGAGGAUUCUCGAAGAGAGAGAGAUGCUCGGUUGCUCAUUUUCGCAGCAAGUGAACUGAAGAUCGUUCAGUUGAUUCUAAACUUUUUAUAACCUAGACUCAUUCAGCGAGUUAUUGUGAUAAAUUCAAUGCAUUUCCAGUUGAGGUGAAUUUGUAUAGAAGGGUGUUAUGCUUUACACGAAUGCCAUUAAAUUUUAACGUAUAAUAUUACGUUGUACACACAAUGCCAGUUAGCUACGGUAUCAAGCCACAGUUUUUCUGCUGAAUAGGUUGUAAUUAUUUCUGUGAAGGCCAGUUUUUCAAAGUCACUCUAUUAUUUGUUUAUUGGUGCAUAUCUCCUUAGGUAGGCAUGUCGGUAGUUCGUAGUAUGUAUGUAAUAUAAGAAAAAGAUCUAUAUUACCAGAGAAAUGAGCAUAGGGAAUAAUUAGUAUUAUUGCAAUCCAGAUACCAUGAAUAAUUAAUGGGUUUUGACUGUUUCGGACUAUGGAAAACGUUAGAAAAUUUAGUGGAUUGGAUUCCACUGCUAGUAUUGUUAAAAAAUAUCCUAAACUCGUUUAAACUGCCGAACAAUGAAACUCGUAGGAAACACUUUAGUCUCCACUGGCUGUAUUUUUUUUACCAUAUACAAAUAUUUGUGAAGUAUAACUGUAACUGUAUAAAGGAAAUAAAAUCUACUUGUGAAAUCUA